UUUUCUUUUCAGGCAAUCACAUGAGACAGCUCAAGACAGUAAGUCUGGGCCUUCAGCUUCCCCACUCUAGCAACACCCUUCCAAGAUGGCAGCGAACAGUAGCAGCACGGGUGGCAAACCCACUAACAGUACCGCAGGAAAACCGUCUGGGCCCUCGGCCGAACAGGUUGUGGCCUCCUUUCAGAGAAUGCGUCAGGAGCAGCGCAGUAUGGCCUCAAAGGCUACGGAACUGGACAUGGAGAUUAACGAGCACAGCUUAGUCAUCGAAACCCUGAAAGAUGUGGACCCUACUAGGAAGUGCUUCAGGCUGGUGGGGGGCGUGCUGGUGGAGAGGACCGUGAAGGAGGUUCUACCUGCAUUAGAAAGCAACAAGGAACAGAUCUCGAAGAUCGUCGAGUCCCUCAAUACACAGAUGCAGACGAAGGGCCGAGAACUCACAGAGUACAGGGAACGCUACAACAUCCGAUUGGUGGGAGAAGGAGAGGAUCAGGGCAAAUCAGCAUCAUCCUCCGAUAAGGACAGCGAAGGGGGCGGGUCUAAAGGCGGGGCUGGUGUUCUAGUUUCAUAGGGUUAGCAGUUAGAAGCAUUUGGUUAUGUAGGGAAAUUGUGCCACAUGCAACAUCAGUACAGAUCCUAGACAGCAUUUUAAAAAGGACGGGGAUUUACAAGUGUCAUGCAUGAAUGAAAGACAACAUCACCAAUGUCUUGCUGUUGGGAUUGGGUUUCCAGAACAUUGGAUUUAGGUUCAAAUAAAAGGUGUUUUCUGUUUAGACUGGUUUGUUCCGUGAUUGUUUUGAGAGAAACCUUCUUAAAGUCAGUGUUUCACUGGUUGUCAUCAUAUUGAAAUGGAUCCAUAAGCCUUGUAUGCGUUUAGCUGAUGUUAACACUUUGUGUCUAAUGACUGUAAACAGUUAAUCAUUUUGGAAUGUUUACAUACUCGUGUCUUGUAGAAAACACAUUUGGAUAUGAAUGUGAUGAUUACUCUCGUCAUCAAAAUAAGUAGUGCGGUAUUGUAACAGGUUUAUAAUUAUUCUGAGGCCUUACGGUUCAGUUUCAUUGGAAACUCUGUAUCAAAAAACAUAAAUCAUAAAUGCUGCCCAGGAUCUGAAAUGCACUGUACACAACGUUCAUGUAGUUGAAUGUGGAAAAUUUGUUUUUGUUAAUGUUUGAAUAAACAAUAUGGCAAAA